AUGGACCACAUCGGAAAGAUCAUCUUCUAUGAGGACGAAAACUUCCAGGGUCACCACUUUGAAUGCAGUAGCGAUUGCCCUGAGCUGAGCUCCCACUUAAGCCACUGCAACUCCAUCCGGGUGGAGAAUGGGAACUGGGUGCUGUACGAGAGGCCCGACUACCUGGGCUCUCAGUACAUCUUGACCAGGAGGGAGUACCUUGACUAUCAGAGCUGGAUGGGCUACAAUAACAACAUCAGGUCCUGCCGCAUCAUCCGCGAUCUAAGUCCCACCCAGGAGGCCAAGGGUUUGGCUUCAAGACUGGGGGCCAUGCCGGGCAGCGUUGGUUUGGGUUAAUGCCAAUAGAGAAUGUAAUUCUAUUUUUUUUAUCUCUCCCUACCUCUCUCUCAACCCUCCUCUCUCAAUCAUACACAUGCGCACACAGAGGUUGGCACACACAAACCUGCGUGUUACAUGUGUCCUGUGCAGCCGAACGGCAGUCUUAUGAGGAGACUGAUAAAUACACAGAAAUAGUAGAUAAGAUCAAUGUUGCAGCAAAGCUAAGUUCACACUCAAAACCUAGAAAACACAGUUUCUUUAUGUUAGAGCUCUUGGAGGAUGCUUCUUGGAGAAAGAGUGUCAAGUGUCUUCCCCAAAUAAAUUUCAAAAAUAACUGCCACCGCUCAGUAGCCACAUCAUGUGGACCCAAACGUUGCAUAUCUCCACGUAGCAUUUUCCCACAAUAGCUCUA